AUGCUUUCAGGCAUUGCUUUAGUACCUGCAAACGAUAUUGAUUCUGCUUGGGAUAUAAUUAAAAAUUAUUAUAACGUAGAAAAUGGAUUGGUAGUUCGUUUAAUCAAGUAUACUGAAGACAACUGGUUAAAUAAUAAUAGUUCUUUGUAUAGAAGGGAAAUACGGUCUCAUUAUGGAACGCUUAGAAGACGAACUAAUAAUUCCGCGAAAGGUUUUCAUAGUAAAAUUAAUAAAUUGAUUAAUAAAAAUAUUGCCGGUUUUCUAGAAGUAUUGCACUAUUUAAAAGAAUGCUUAAUACUGUCUAAUAUUGAAGUCAGAAGAUUGAUUGAUGGCGGAAAAAUAAGCCAAGAAAAAGAGUAUAUAUAG